AUGUAUUAUGCCUUUUCUUCUUAUUGUCAAAAUAUUAUUAUUAUUGUUAUCCCCCUCCCUAAACUAAAAAGAAGCCCUUUUCCCUCCCUGCAUAUAUCCCCUCUCCUCUGUCCCUCAACCUACCCCCCCCCCCCUUUCCCCUUUUCAUUGUCCAAUUCCUUUUCAACUUAUUUCCCAAAUUUUCUUCACAUUUUUCUUUAUAAAUAUUUUCCCAAAUUUUUUGAAGAGAUUUUAUUCAUAUAUUUAAUAUUAUGUAUAUACAUUAGGCUAAUUGGCUACCAAACUCGGUCGUCCGCAACAGAAAGAAACAACAACAAUUUUUUUCUUUUUUUCUCAAAACUCUUUCCUUCCCCUUUUUUAAUCUUACAAAUCAAGGUAACAAGCAGAUACACAAAAACAAACAAAUAA